AUCUAAGGAAUCCCAAGAAGACUGAAAAAUGGAGACACAGCAAAGGUUUAUGUCAGGGAAGGAUGAGGGUCAGUUUCAGCAUCAGGGAGCAGUGGAGCUGCUUGUCUUUAAUUUUUUGCUCAUCCUUACCAUUUUGACAAUCUGGUUAUUUAAAAAUCAUCGAUUCCGCUUCUUGCAUGAAACCGGAGGAGCGAUGGUGUACGGCCUCGUAAUGGGUUUAAUUUUACGAUAUGCUACAGCACCAACUGAUAUUGAAAGUGGAACUGUCUAUGAUUGUGGAAAACUGAUCUUCAGUCCAUCGACUCUGCUAGUUAAUAUCACUGACCAGGUUUAUGAAUAUAAAUACAAGAGAGAAAUAAGCCAGCACAACAUCAACCCUCACCAAGGCAAUGCUAUACUUGAAAAGAUGACAUUUGAUCCAGAAAUCUUCUUCAAUGUUUUACUGCCACCGAUUAUAUUUCAUGCAGGAUAUAGUCUAAAGAAGAGACACUUUUUUCUAAACUUAGGAUCUAUUUUAACAUAUGCCUUCUUGGGAACUGCCAUCUCCUGUAUCGUCAUAGGGUUAAUUAUGUAUGGUUUUGUGAAAGCUAUGAUGUAUGCUGGCCAGUUGAAAAAUGGAGACUUUCAUUUCACUGACUGUUUAUUUUUUGGUUCACUGAUGUCUGCUACAGAUCCAGUGACCGUACUGGCCAUUUUCCAUGAACUGCACGUCGACCCCGACCUGUACACACUCUUGUUUGGAGAGAGCGUGUUGAAUGAUGCAGUGGCCAUUGUCCUCACAUACUCUAUAUCCAUUUACAGUCCCAAGGAGAAUCCAAAUGCAUUUGACACUGUGGCGUUCUUCCAGUCCGUGGGGAAUUUCCUGGGGAUCUUCGCUGGCUCAUUUGCAAUGGGUUCUGCGUACGCUGUUGUCACAGCGCUGUUGACCAAAUUUACCAGGCUGUGCGAGUUCCCGAUGCUGGAAACAGGCCUGUUUUUCCUCCUCUCCUGGAGUGCCUUCCUGUCUGCCGAGGCUGCCGGCCUCACAGGGAUAGUCGCUGUUCUCUUCUGUGGCGUCACACAGGCACAUUAUACCUACAACAAUCUGUCUUCGGAUUCUAAAAUGAGGACCAAACAGUUGUUUGAAUUUAUGAACUUUUUGGCUGAGAACGUCAUCUUCUGUUACAUGGGCCUGGCGCUGUUCACGUUCCAGAAUCAUAUCUUUAAUGCUCUUUUUAUACUCGGAGCCUUUCUAGCAAUUUUUGUUGCCAGAGCCUGCAACAUAUACCCUCUCUCCUUCGUCCUGAAUCUGGGCCGAAAACAGAAGAUUCCCUGCAAUUUUCAGCACAUGAUGAUGUUUUCAGGUUUGCGAGGAGCGAUCGCCUUUGCCUUAGCUAUUCGGAACACAGAAUCUCAGCCCAAACAAAUGAUGUUUACCACCACACUGCUCCUUGUGUUCUUCACUGUCUGGGUGUUUGGAGGAGGAACGACCCCCAUGCUGACUUGGCUUCAGAUCAGAGUUGGUAUGGACCUGGAUGAAAAUCUGAAAGAGGAGCCCUCCUCACACCAGGAAGCAAAUAACGUGGAUAAAAGCACAACAAAAACAGAGAGUGCUCGGCUCUUCAGGAUGUGGUAUGGCUUUGACCACAAAUACCUGAAACCAAUUUUAACGCACUCUGGUCCUCCUCUGACCACCACGUUACCUGGAUGGUGUGGUCCAAUUUCCAGGCUGCUCACCAGUCCUCAGGCCUAUGGGGAACAGCUAAAAGAAGAUGAUGUGGAAUGCAUUGUAAACCAGGAUGAACUAGCCAUGAACUACCAGGAGCAAGCCCCUGUACCCUGCAGUCCUCCUGCAAGGUUGGGUCUAGACCAGAAAGCUCCAGCCCAGACUCUGAGCAAGGAAAACAUUUAUGAGGGAGACCUCGGGCUAGGAGGCUAUGAGCUCAAGCUUGAGCAAACUCCGGGUCAAUCCCAGCUGAAUUAA